AAGGCUCCGGCCCGAGUCACUCCAUCCGCAAACACUCACCGGCUAUUACUUCCCGCAAUAUGUCCCGUCAAGCCGUUAUUUACUACUUGUUCUAGAAUCCACGGUUUUUAUCACCACUCGGGGGAAUUUUAUUAUAGUUUUGCGACAUGGAUGCCGGUAAUGCGACGAAUUUUACACGGAUUGGGCCCAACACAACCGACAUCAAGGCGUACAUAACGUACCCCGGCUGGUUGACCUUUUGGUUUAUUGUGAUGAUUUUCUUAUGCAUUCUGGGCGCCUUUUCCAAUUCGUUGUUGUUUAUGGCGAUCGUGACCUCGCGGAAGCUGCGCAAAGGGUCGGGGACGUUGAUUGCGCAUUCCAUUCUGAUUGAGGCGUUUCUAUGUGUCAUCGGCGUGCCGCUGAUCAUGGCGUCCACGUAUAUGCCGCAGUUUGGUUGGCCUUCGAAGACCAUGUGCAAGUGGACGAUGCUGCUGUUCUAUGGACCGAUUUUUGCCGGGACGUGGGCGUCGGUGCUGAUCGCCAUUAAUCGCUUCGUGGCGAUAUUCUUCCCGCACGUGUACUCCAAACUGACGACACCGCCGCUGUUGGCGCUGGUUAUUGCCCUGGGCUGGGCGGUGGCGCUGGCCAGUUCGGUGCCCAUGUUCUUCGAAGCCGGCGGAAUAUCUGUUGGGGCGACGAAACCCUGGUAUGCCUGUGGCGCACGCCAAGAGAAGCCCGGCUACUUAUACAACUUCCUGGUAACCGUGGGGACCACCGCGCCGGCCGUCGCACUGGGAGUCAUCUACGUCAGCAUCUUUACCCUGGUCAUCAUUCGGGCGCUGAUCUUUCGCCGGAAGAUCGACACCACCGACAAGGCGGCCGUGGCGCGGAAUCAACGGGCGCAGGCCAUGACGCAAAAGCGCCUGAAGAUGGCCCGUAUGCUCUUCGUCUCCUACAUCUGGUUUACGGUCUGCUACAUGCCGGCCCCGGUGACGGCCAGUGUGGCGCCGGUGCUCUAUGGCACCAGUCCGCUGGUGUCGCUGUUCCUGCGGAUGCUCCUGGAGAUCGGCUAUGCAACCAGCCCGGUCAUCUAUUUAACAAUGAACGCCGAAUAUCGAAGUGCCGCUAAACGCGUACUGUACCGCAUUUUGCGCCUAUGCCGGCCGUCGCUGUUAAUACGAGACGACACGAUUAAGAUUGUAACGGAAUACGAAAUGGGAAAGACACCGACAAAUAAUGGCAUUUCCGCUUAAAAAAUGUGACUACAUACAAUGUUACGUUCCUUUUAAUCACGGAUUUAUGAAGCUAAUCUCUGGACGGGUGAAAAUUACGGAAAUAUUGUGCAGUUAUUCCAGGCGCGUAUUACACCAACGCUUUAAAUGACCUUUGCGCGGAACUUAUUGAUUCUCCCUCACGUGUGCAUUUUGCUCGUGUGAUUGUGAUACAUCACAGAGACAAAAAAUUAAU